GGGCGAGGAAAAUAAUUACGAGUCCAUCAUUACAAGGCUUCCCAGAUAUGUCUACCUUAAGAUACCCUUUCACAAGAGUCAAAGACCCAAAGCCCCAAGCACAUAACAGCUAGCGGCAUAGCGUCUUUGGUAGCAAGUCGUCAUCAUCGUUCUUUACUCCUUAGACUCAGACUCAGAUCCAAUUCAACCAAUUAAAGCUUAAAGUCUAAACCAGCACAACCCCAUCAUUCUCUUAUUUUACUCUCUGAUAAAAUAGUGAACUGGGUUGUCUUAUGGCUUGCUUGCUUUGCUAGUUUACUAUACUGGAGGGGUCGAAAUUAAAAUACCAUCGGCAGCAAACCCAUGUCUGGGAAUUUAGCUGCAAUCAUGGUCCGUGUUUUUUCAGCAUUACCUUGAAGAUUAAAAAAAAGAGGAGAAAAUGAGGAUCAAGAACAAAUACAGGAAACCAACCACUUUCCAUUGCAAUGCAGGGGGCAGAUGUUCAACGUCUGCUGUGGUAUGGAGCUUGGUGGGAUGUCUUGUUAUGCUCCAUUUAUACUCCCUUGCUCGCCAAAAAGAUGGGGUGCGUGGAGAGCUCCAAUUGGGCAUGAGCCAUCACCCACAAUUCCGUGAACUUGAAGCAGUUGAAGAAGAAAAUAUUCCGAUGCCCCCUCCAAGAAAGAGAUCUCCACGUGCAGCAAAAAGAAGACCCAAGAAGCCGACCACAAUAAUUGAUGAAUUUCUUGAUGAAAAUUCCCAACUUAGAAAUAUGUUCUUUCCUGAUCACAAAACUGCUAUAGAUCCAAUGAAGGACGCAGGGAAUGAUAGCUCCUACUAUCAUCCAGGGAGAAUUUGGUUGGACACGGAUGGAAAUCCUAUUCAAGCCCAUGGAGGGGGUAUUCUAUUUGAUCAAAAAUCAAAGACAUAUUAUUGGUAUGGAGAGUAUAAAGAUGGGCCCACCUACCAUGCUCACAAAAAAGGGGCAGCGCGGGUUGACAUCAUAGGGGUCGGUUGCUAUUCUUCCAAGGACUUGUGGACAUGGAAAAAUGAGGGCAUUGUGCUGGCAGCAGAAGAAACAAAAGAAACUCAUGAUCUCUACAAAUCCAAUGUGCUUGAGAGACCAAAAGUGAUUUACAAUGAUAAGACAGGGAAGUUUGUAAUGUGGAUGCAUAUCGACGAUUCCAAUUACACCAAAGCUUCUGUUGGUGUUGCUGUUAGUGAUUAUCCCACUGGUCCUUUUGAUUAUCUCUAUAGCAAAAGGCCUCAUGAUUUUGAAAGCAGGGACAUGACCAUCUUCAAAGAUGAUGAUGGUGUAGCAUAUCUGAUAUACUCCUCUGAUGACAACAGUGAACUUCAUGUUGGACCGCUUACAGCAGAUUAUCUUGAUGUGUCAAAUGUCAUGAGAAGGAUUCUUGUGGGACAACACCGGGAAGCCCCAGCUUUAUUCAAGCACCAGGGAACUUAUUACAUGAUCACAUCAGGCUGCACUGGAUGGGCUCCAAAUGAGGCACUGGCCCAUGCGGCUGAUUCCAUCAUGGGGCCAUGGGAGACAAUGGGAAACCCGUGCGUUGGAGGGAACAAAAUGUUUCGACUUACAACAUUUUUUGCUCAGAGCACAUUUGUGGUUCCUGUGCCAGGUUUUCCAGGUUCAUAUAUUUUCAUGGCAGAUCGGUGGAAUCCAGCUGACUUGAGGGACUCAAGAUAUGUGUGGUUGCCUUUGAUAGUUGGGGGACCAGCUGAUCAACCACUUGACUAUAAUUUUGGAUUCCCAUUGUGGUCAAGAGUGUCAAUAUAUUGGCAUAGAAAGUGGAAACUUCCUCAGGGGUGGAGUGGGUUAAAGUGAUGGAGGUUUUUUAUGUAGUAUUAUGUAUUAUAUAUUUGAUGGCUCUUUCCAUUUUUUCACUGGCUUCUACUGUUGUGUUAGGGAUUUGCUUAUUUCACAGCAUGAGGAUUCAUACAGAAUGUUCAGUUUCAAACACUGCCGGUGAACUUAUACAUCCUUUUGUUUAGGUUAUGUUCAUAUUAGCUGAUGAAGGGUACAUUUUAAAAGGUUUACCCAUUUUACUAAUUUGUUCUGUUUAUGACAAUCAUUGUCAAUCUUUUUGUGUCA